AUGCCGUUAUCACCGCAUACUUACCAGUUUCUGGUCGGCGUUUUCGCCUCCAUGGGCUCUGCCCUGUACGGAUACGAUCUUGGUGUCAUCGCCGGUGUCAUCGGCAGCGAACAUUUCUUGGUGGAAUUCAACAAACCAACCACGGCACAAACCGGUGCCGUCGUUUCCCUCUUUACGGGCGGUGCCUUCUUUGGUGCCAUGUUUGCCGGUAUUUCUGGUGACAAGCUGGGUCGGAAAAUGACUAUCUUCCUCGGUGCCUUGCUGUUCCUCGUUGGUGGCGCUGUUCAGACGGCUGCCCAGACCCUCAACUACCUCUACGCCGGUCGUGCGUUUGCUGGAUUGGGCGUCGGCUUCUUGACCAUGAUUAUCCCCCUGUACCAGGCCGAGAUUGCACACCCUUCCAUUCGUGGAAGAGUCACCGCUCUCCAGCAGUUCAUGCUGGGUAUCGGUGCGCUAAUGGCUGGAUGGAUUACGUGGGGAACCAACAUGAACUACAAUGACGAUAAGCAAUGGCGCAUCCCACUUGGUAUCCAAAUGUUACCCGCCGUUAUUCUUGCUGCUCUCAUCCUCUUCUUCCCCGAAUCGCCCCGUUGGCUCAUCGACCACAACAAGGCCGAGAAGGGUCUACAAACCCUCGCAAACCUCCAUGCCCAUGGAAAUAUCAAUGACCCCUGGGUUCAGGCCGAGUACGCACAGAUUCAAGAGGCCAUUGAAUUCGAGCAUGAGCAUGAAGCCAAGUCUUAUGUCGAGCUUGUCAAGAACAAGUCCGCCUUCCGCCGACUCUUCAUUGCCGUUGCUCUACAGGCUUCCGUUCAGAUGACCGGUGUCUCCGCAAUCCAAUAUUUCUCAGUCAACAUCUUCAAACAGAUUGGCAUUUCUACCAAUGACGCGCUCAAGUACCAGGCCAUCAACUCGAUCCUCGCCCUCAUUGCUCAAGUUACCUGUAUUGCCACCAUCGAUCGCUUUGGGCGCCGCUGGCCUCUCAUCAUCGGCAAUCUCUUCAACUCGCUCAUGUUCCUCAUCGCUUGUAUUCUUCUCUACAAGUUCCCACCGGUGACUGAUUCAGGUAGCACUGCGGGCUGGGGUUUCAUCAUCAUGACAUGGCUUUACAACAUCUCGUUCUCAUACUCCUGUGGUCCCCUCUCGUGGAUCAUCCCCGCCGAGAUUUUUGACACGCACACGCGAUCCAAGGGUGUCUCGAUCGCGACCAUGACCUCGUAUGCUUUCAACACCAUGAUCGGACAAGUGACGGAUAUUGCCAUAGAGAGAAUUGGUGGUUGGCGCUACUUCAUCGUCUUCGUGGUGUGCAACUUCACCAACGCCGUCUUCUUCUUCCUUAUCCUCCCCGAGACCAAGAAGGUUCCUCUCGAGGCAAUGAACGACCUGUUCAGAAACGCGCCGUUGAUCAUCGGAUUCAAGAGCAGAGAGUCUUACCAGGCAGACCUGCUGACAAAUGAGCUGGAUAGACGUGCCGAGGAGAAGGGCGCUGCUAGGCACGACGAGGUGAUUGCUUAA